ACGGAGGAGUUCUAUUUCCCUUUUGAGACGCAAUGGAGACGCAUAUCUUCGUCCUGGUGCUGCUAUUAGGUCUCUUUAUGUCGCAUAUAAAUUUCGCGGAUUCCAAGGAUGACGACGCUAAGUUAUCCCGACGGAAGAGAUACGUCGCCUUCCCAGAAGGCUCCAGCUUGUCUGCGGCAGUUUGCUUAACGGUAUCCAUGAUAUUCCAUCGACCGGACAUUUACACGCAGGGAUUGAACUGGGGCAUCGCCUACGAUCUGCCCAACGGCACCACGGCUUUAAACGACUUCGAGAACUUCGGACCGAAGCACGUGAACAGGAGGAGGCAUCGCAGGGAUCUCUACCACAGGAUGGAGCUGGUCAUGGACUCGAUGGGCGUGGACGGGAGGAGUUGCAUCCUGAGGGCUCUGUGCGAUACGGCCCAUUUGUUCAGAGGGGAACAGGACAACAUUUUCAAGAAGAUUCUCAAGAUCAUCUUCAAGUUCCCUCUGCAGACAAUCCUACCAUAUGAACCGGAAGAUCACAAGGCUUAUCACGAGGCGCACAAAGAUGGAAUGGACAAAUCCGAAGAGCAUUGCGCCAAAAACUACCCCAACUGUCCAAUUUCUCUGAUCGACUUAGGCUUAGGAUAUUACACAGAUUAUAUAACACCUUCAACAUUGUAA